GUCUGGCUCAGUGUGCAGAACUCUGCUGGCAACUGCGUGGACAGGCUGGCAGGAGACAGGUCCCCCGGAGCCAAAGUGGCUCUGCAGCACAACAUUGGCCUUGGGGGAGCUGUGGUUGUCACUAUUUACAAGAUGGGCUUCCCGCAGGUGUCCAGGUUUGUCAUUGGUUCUGCAGCCAGCAGCUCCAGCAGCAGCGGCUUGGAAGCGUUCAAAGCUUACCCUGUCUUCAAGGAGAUUGAGAACCAUCUAAAGAAGGAGGGAGAGAACCUCGUCAAGAAGGUCGGCGGCGUGUUUGCCUUCAACGUAAAGGACGGCCCUAAUGGGAAACAGGCGACUUGGGUUGUGGACGUGAAAAAUGGCAAAGGUUCUGUCACAAAUGACCCAGGUAAAAAGGCAGACUGCACAUUGUCCAUUGGCGACGAGGAUCUGCUAGCUCUAAUGACGGGGAAGUUGAACCCACAAACGGCGUUCUUCAAGGGGCAGCUGAAGAUCACCGGAAACAUGGGCAUGGCCAUGAAGCUGCAGAACCUCCAGGUGGCAUCGGUCAAAGCCAGGCUGUGAGGCCUUGUAGGAGCUUUUUGUGAAGCUCUAGUAUUCAGAAACAGGCUUAGAUUUAUUUAAUUGAAAACUAAAUCAAAGGUUUUGAUUAUGAGCCCAGCUUGAUCUGAAGAGAUGGUCCAUCAAGCUGCUUCCAUAGACUUUGUUAUUUUCCUUUCUAUUAAUCAGAGCUGUUGUUUCUGCAGUCAGUCCUAUAAAAACAGCAAAUGAUCAGAGUUUGGAUUAAACUGAACAGUGUGUUUCAACUGAUCAUGUACUAAGAAAAACUGUAAAAUGAAGCAUUUCAAAGCAGUUUCUUGUGAUUAAUACGUAUGAAUUUAUAAGCUCUAAUGUUUGUAAAAUAAAUAUUUUGUUCUCUAAA